AUGUUUGCAGGUUCUUCUCCACACCUCACAGGUGAAUGUUCAAGUCGCUUCGCACAGGAAGCGCUGGGAGAGCUUUGCCCACCGUUGGAGGAGGCGGGUGUCCGUUUCAGCCUGGAUGAGGUGCUUGAGGAGUUCUAUCAUCUGGAUCUGGCGAUCGAGGGACAGAGGGCCUUGGUCUUGGACUCGGUGACCCGUGCCACCGCCGAGGCUCCCUGGAGCCCCUGGAUCACCUUGAAGUGCCGACAUUUGCGACACUUGGGAUG